AUGCAGACAGCACGACUACAACUCGUCCGUUUAACAGAGGACCAUGUGGCUGGCUACCAUGCUAUUUGGUCCGAUCCGGUGGCCACCCGAUGGAGCGCCCAUGGCCCAUGCAAGACACUGGACGAUUCGCGACAGUGGAUGUCCAGCUUGUUACUCGAGGAAAACCCCGUUGGCGAGAACUAUGCGGUACUUCUCCGACGAGAUGUGGAUUUAGAAGCCUUUUCAAACCAGCUCCAGGGGAGUCAAGAAGGCACCGAAGAUAACCACACGUAUGAUAUUUCGGCGCAUGGUGGGUUUAUCGGAUGGGUGGGCACAUGGAGAACGGAUCCGCUCCCAGAGCUGGGCUUCAUUUUUCACCGAUCGACCUGGGGGCUGGGAUUUGCAACGGAGGCAUUGAAGGCGUUUGUGGAACUCUUCUGGUCAUGCAAGCCGCAAUUCAAGGUGUUGGAGGCAUAUUGCGAUACGGAGAAUGAGGCGUCUGUUAAGGUCUUGCGCAAAUGUGAGUUUGAACUUGUCGAGGUGACAAGAAAAGAUUACGUCCUUCCUUGGAUGACACCACCCGAGCGAGAUACAAUGCAAUUUCGCCUGAUCAGAACCGAUGAUUCGGAGAAGUGA